GCUUUGAGAUUGCUACGCGGCUGUUAUCAUCGUCCGUCGGCGCGCUCUAUCCCCUCCCCCGUUCUUCUUCUGUUUUCCGUCUCUGCCGACCCCUCCAGGCUCAAACCCUCGCUCCGAAACGAUGGCAAUCUCUCUCCAAUCCAUGGGUUCCUCCUGUAUAUACCCUGUAAGCAGCGAUCCCAAGCCUUCCCUGAGUUUUGCAAACAAGGCUUUUGUGGGAUUGAAGGUCCAAUACUCCGGUGCUUUAGGCACUGGGUUACCGAAUGUGAGCGCUGCUUUUCACAGUAGGGUUCACCAAAAUCUCUCAUUGAGGCUUCGAAACAAGAGGGCCACACGAGCACGUGUUUUUAUGAUGCCCAUUGGGACACCAAGAGUGCCAUAUAGAACUCCAGGAGAAGGAACCUGGCAGUGGGUAGACCUAUGGAAUGCUCUAUACCGGGAACGAGUCAUCUUUAUUGGGCAACAUAUAGAUGAGGAAUUUAGCAACCAAGUAUUGGCAACACUGUUGUAUCUGGAUAGUAUCGAGUCUUCAAAAAAGAUAUACCUAUACAUAAAUGGUCCAGGUGGAGAUCUUACACCAAGCAUGGCUAUAUAUGAUACUAUGCAAAGCUUGAAAAGUCCAGUUGCUACCCAGUGUGUAGGCUAUGCAUAUAAUUUAGCAGGAUUUCUUCUUGCAGCUGGAGAGAAGGGUAGUCGUGUCGCUAUGCCUCUUUGUCGAAUAGCACUUCAGUCACCUGCUGGAGCAGCUCGUGGCCAGGCUGAUGACAUUCGCAAUGAAGCAAAUGAGCUCCUUCGGAUCAGAGACUACCUGUUUGGGGAGUUGGCCAAGAAGACAGGUCAACCUGUUGAAAAGAUUAACAAGGAUCUGAGUCGCAUGAAGCGCUUUAAUUCUCAAGAAGCUCUGGAGUAUGGACUUAUUGACCGUGUUCUCAGACCUGCUCGGAUCAAAGCUGAUGCACCUCGUAAAGAACAGGCAGGGGCAGGCCUUGGAUAGUUGGUUUGCAGUUGGCAAUUGCUACUUGCCAUUGCUUUUGACGCCCUGCGGCCGAUGCGUUCAAGGAUCUUAGAAGAUUUAAAAAUCUACUAGUUCAAUUGAUUUUAGACAUGGACUGAAAGUAGUUGCUUUUGUCACAUGAAAAUUACAAAGGGCAGUUCUGUUCAAUUUAUAUAUAUUUGUCCUUAACACUGGACAUCAGUGCAAGCUAUUGGCUCUAAACUUCUUCAGGACUUAAUGCUGGAAAAGAUGUUCUUUUGUGAAGCUCAUUGUUUUA